AUUUAAGAAUAUAAAUUAUGAUACGCCUAGCAAAUCGUUGAGAGCCUCAAUUGUCGGCUCAGGGUAGCAAAAUCAUGAUUCUGGUAUGGCUCUUGAGCGUAGUAUAUCGAUUACUGUAACAUGUCUGGUUCAUGGCACAUCGCACGUUUAGUGUCGAAAGUUAAAAUCAAAUUCUAGAACUUCCUAUAUAUAUAUAUAUAUAUAUAUAUAUAUAUAUAUAUAUUCAGUGGAAUGGGCUUGAACAAAAAGGAAAUUUCAUAUUUGCCGGAAUAUUUUUGAAAACUGUUCAUGGUCCCCGUAUAUACCUAGUAUGCGGAAUGUCCGCGGUUCUGAGCCUAUCAUAUUUGUCUCGCAAUUUUCGCUCAGUGGUUGCCCCAUCACCCAUGCACACCUGCGCUUGCUGGCUCAGCAUAUAUAUCAAAUAAUGGGAUACCCGCAAAGAAUUUCUGGAAUCAACUUUAAACCCUCGAGUUCUUAUCGGCGUUUCAGUUUGUGCUUCUCGACAAAUACCUUCACGUACUGCACGCGGUUUAGCAAUCCACCCAACUCGCUUAUCAAGAUCGCAUCAUACUCCUCUUUUGCUGAACUGUCUUGUGACUUCACAGGUUUCAAACGCAUUGUUGCUAAUCGGCAACCCAAAAUCGAUUUCAAGUCUCAAAUCAUCAGAAAAAUGCACAUUACUCCUAUUCCGUCUUCAUGGGGAGAGUCAAAUAACUACGCAUAUCUUAUAGUUGAUGAUUCAACCAGACAUGGCUGGUUAAUCGAUGCAGCUUUCCCAACCGAUGUCUUGAGUUACCUUGCUGAAAAAAAACCUAACGUGGAAUUGAAAGCCAUCGUGAAUACUCAUCACCACUGGGAUCACGCAGGAGGCAAUAGAACUUUUCACAAGAAGUACCCAGAUUUGCCGAUCAUUGGUGGAAAGGACUCCGAAUUGGUCACGUACACCCCUUCUCAUCAAGAGGUUAUUGACUUGGGAGACAAUAUCUCAAUUACAGCUUUACACACCCCUUGCCACACGCAAGACUCAAUUUGCUAUUACGCGAAGGACUCAAAGACUGGCGAAAAAGCCGUCUUCACAGGCGAUACCCUUUUCAUCAGUGGAUGUGGACGUUUUUUCGAAGGAAAUGCUGCCGAGAUGAACAAAGCUUUGAACGAAGUGCUAGCAAAAUUGCCAUCUGAAACUGUUGUUUAUUCUGGUCACGAGUAUACGAAGUCGAACGUCAGAUUUAGCGAAAAAGUCAUGCAAAACAAAGCCCUUUCAGAGCUAAAGGCGCUUGCUGAGUCGACUGAAUUCACUGCUGGAAAAUCAACAAUUGGUGAUGAGCUCAAGUUUAACCCAUUCAUGCGUCUUAGCGAUCCUCAGGUGCAAAAGGCAACUGCCGAAACAGACCCUGUGCAAGUCAUGGCCAAGUUGAGAGAAAUGAAAAACAAAUCUUGAGCCUAUUGAGUGCUUGCUCCUGUUUACCCGUCGGAAUAAA